AUUGAUGAUCUGAUCUUCCUCUUGACCUCCUGUAGGCUGUGUGUUCUUCAUGGGCCCAGUGGAUCAUGUCUCUGAUCCUGUUCGCCUUUGUGGUUCGGGUCAGGGAUGGACUCCCCCUGUCAGCCUCCACAGACUUUGAACACAACCGAGAGCUUCAGGAGAGGAAGCAGCAGCUCAGGACCGUCAGUAAGGCACUGGCCCGUUUACCUGACAGAGGGACCGUCAAGGGCCAGGAGCUCAACAUAUACUUCGUCUCGUCAGAGGGUGUAUCCUACAUGACCGUGUGCCACUGCAGCCUCCCUGUUGCUAAGGCCUUCUGCUUCCUGGAAGAUUUGCGAUGGGAGUUCACAGCAUGCUUCAAUAGCACUGUUGUCGCCUUGGCAAACAGGCCAUAUCCAUUUUUGGAAUUUGACAGUACCAUUCAGAAGCUGAAGCAGCAGUACAACCAGAGCGGUGGUCCGGCCCUGGAGGUCACAUUGGCAGAGGUCCAGGAGGAUCUGAGGAUUCAUCCACCACAAGUAAUUGACUUGGAUGAAGUGGAGCUCACCAAUGGCAUCGCAAAUGGGCAUAUGGAGCAAGGUCCUGGAUCUGGUCAGAAUGUAAGACUGGAACCGGUGACGGCACCAGGCAUCCUCUCUCUGGUCCUAAAUAUCAUGUGUGCAUCUUUGAACAUAAUCCGUGGUGUUCACCUCAUAGAGUACACAUUCCAGGAUGAUUAUGAAGGAAUGUGGAAUGUUGUGGCAUUUCUUCUGGCGUUUGUCUGCUGCGUGCUUCAGUGCCACCUCUACCUGUUCCACUCAUCUCUGAAGAAACACAAAUCCUUCACUCUGUUGAGUGUGAUCGUCCUAUGCAACCUCUACCUGCUCGGCCUGAGGAACGCGUGGCAGCUGGUUUUUCAUAUUUCAGUCGCCUCCCUCUCAACCUUCCUCAUCCUCACCCGUAAACUCCAAGACAGAACCAAUGACUGUGGGGUCUGAGGAGGAGAGGACAGGUUUGAAUGACAGGCUCGAUCCACAUGAAGAUGUCGUGUGGAUUUUUAACAAAAAGAAAAAAAACAUUCAGAAAUUUUGUGUCAUCAUGGAAAAUUAUAACUACAAGCUUCUUGUACUUGCACUUUGUCUAUAUUGUUUCCAAGAUCGUAAAGGGUAAACGGUGAAAUGCAGUUCUUUCUUCUGUAAACACUGUAAAAAGAAAAUCAGAAAAGCUUAAAGGAGAUCUCAGUUAUCUCAGUCAGUGCCAUCCUUAAGAUUUUAAAGAAAGAGUUUUUCCAGUCAGAGUUGCUGACCAAAGUUUUUCAUGUAGAAACAAUCAUUUAUCACAGCCCGAACUGUUGAAGUCGGCCACGCUUGCUCAGUAUUAUUUCUGCUGCCCCAGGCCACUGAUUAUCUCUGCAGUUUACAAUGCGAGGUGACAGUUUGUGACUGUGACAGACGUCAGAUAUACUGUUUACUUUUAACACAUGGCUGAUGAGCAGACCGGGUCAUCCAUCCCACGCCGGUAGCAGCACGAUACAUAAAUUAUGUAGUGUAGUUUGAUUUAAGAUGAAUGACAGUCAAGUAAAGUUGGCAAUGCAGCUUUUUCUAUUUGUUUUUGCUCAUUAGGCUCCAGUAAAAAAAACUAAUGCGGAGGUGUAAAUGUAAAGCUAUGGUUUGUUUCAUGCCUUACUAUGUUUGUUUAAUCGUUUUGACUUACUUACCAGCAAGUGCUCAGCUAGUCACCGCAAAGAUUCAAAUGUAAGGGCUCCGUUCUUUAACGACUUAAUGGAAGUUACAUUCAAUACUGAGCUCCGAUUAGUCUUAAACUCAUGUAAGGCAUGAUGUUAAGGCAUGUUAUCUUACAAGUUUAAACGCAGCUUGCGAUCAAAGGAGAAUCGUGUCAUAUCAUCUCCAGAUUAAACCCAUUUUUGUACGAUCGAGUUAAAAUUUUGAUGUUUUAGUUUCGUCUUUUUUCUACUGAGCUCUUGUAUUGUCAAAAUGUAAACGGCAGGUAAGAGUGUGAAAGCACUGAUUUUAUUGGUAAAAUAAUUUGUUGGGGAAAAAACAAACUAAAGACUGCACUAUUAGCUUUAGAUUUGUAUUUUUUUUGUGUGUUGGUAAGGCAAUUGUCUUUGAAUGUGUUGCAUAUCAGAUUCAGCUAAAAAUGCUAUUUAUAUCCUGAUUUAUGUUUACUUUGAUGGUGUUUUCUUUGGGGUUUAUAACACCGCUCCUAUACGUAGUUCAGAUUGUUAAAAACGUAGAAAUCAUAUGGCUAUGAUCUACAGUAUGUUUCAGUAUAGAACACAUCACAGUAGUGCUGCUAAAUAAAUAGGCUAAGUCUCUUUUUAGUUUAACUUUCAACGUAUUUAGCUUCUUAGACGUUCAGUUUUUAAUUGCUAAACAGUUGCACUGACGUAUUUUAAGCGUGGGAAGUAAAUUAUUAGUUUAUAGUGUUUGGCAUUGAGGCAUUUUCAUCAUAUGAAUCCCUUUUUAUCGAGAAAUAUAGAGAGGAUUUAUAAAGAAAACAACAUCUCCUCUGACAAUCCAGACGUCCUUCACUAAAAUAUACAAAUAGUUUGGAAAAGUAACUUUUAGCUUGUAGUUUACAAAGUUAACAGAGUGAGGAUGUUUUCACUGGACGCAUUACAUGUGGUGUAGCUACAGAUGAAAUAGUUGGACCUCUUAUUAAUACAUUUUCAGUUUGUUCUAAAGUAGGUUGCGCUGUUCAGAUAUUUUAGUAAAUUGCUAGAAAAUUAGGCCGUGACAGUGGAGUAAACUCUUGUCUAAAUGAGGCUAAACAUAAAUUUCCAAACAUUUUGAAUAUGAAGUGUCAUCAUUUGUCAUGCCGCAUGGUAUUGUCUGUGCAGGACGUCGGUGAUGUUGUAAUAUUUUUGAUACGAAAGAGGUUUUACCGACUCAUCAUUUCCGCUGUAGAUUACAAGUUGUUGACCAAAUGAAUUGUACAAUGUCACCACAGAUGUUCUAAAGAUGUAGAAACACGACGUGGAGGUUUGUUUUAAGACUUGAAAUAAAAGUGAAGGAGAAUUUUGUCGAUUCUGAAGGUUUAUAACAUAACAGUGAAAAUACACUGUACAACUGGAACAUGUGGCGGACUUUUCUUCAUAUAUAAAUAUAGUUUAUUUUUUAUUUAAUCAACAUCUGAAAUCUUAAGUCUAAUCUGAAUACAUUAUUUGGUUUGAAAAACAACCUAAAUUUUGUUUUAAUAAGAUUUUCUUUAUGUUGUUCAUUAUAAAACAGAAUGAAGGAAUUUGUUUUUAAUUAAACUCACUGCAACAAGUUUGUUAAUAAUGGGAAGUAAUGUACCAACUGCCAAACACAGUGAUGAUUACAGGGCUUUAUUUUUUUUCCGGCUGUGGUAAAACUGACAUUUCAUUAAUAAAUAGUCUUUUUUUCUA